AUGCGCCGUGUUCCAGUACAAAAGAGGCCAAAUGCCACCCGCCUGGUCCAAAGCCAAGGCCUCGUCUUCGCCGACCUCGUGGCCCCCGGCGCCUCAGAGCCGUACUGGCCAGACGACCGCUACUAUUCCUUCACCGAAAAGGAGAUGAACCUCCUCGAGGAAGCUGCCAGAGACGUGUUCGCAAUGUGCUGCGAAGCAGCAGACUACCUCGUAGAGCACCCAGACAUCAUCACCAAGAAAAUGGCCGUCCCCGCCUUCGCCCUAAAACAGAUAAAGGCCACGUGGGACCGCGAACCGGCAUGGGGCAGCAUCUACGGCCGCUUCGACAUCUGCUUCGGCGGUCUCGAGCACCCGGACCCGCGGCUGCGCGUGCCCAAAUUCUACGAGUUCAACGCCGACACGCCGACGUCGCUGCUCGAAGCGGCGUCGAUUCAGUGGCUGUGGAUGGAGCAGACGGGCCACGGUAAUGACCAGUUCAACAGCAUUACGGAGAAGCUCAUUGAAGGGUGGAAGCGCAACAUGACGCUCGUCGAGAAGGAGCUGGGACAUAAGCCAACCGUCCACUUCGCCGUCGGCGAGGGCGAGGCUACGGGGGAGGAUGCGAUGAACACCAUGCUCCUGAUGGAGACGUGCCAGCAGGCCGGGUGGACGACCAAGGCGCUGACGAUGGAGGAGAUUGCAAAGUCCAAAAAGGACGGGCGGUUCUACGAUGCGCAGGGGGAGCAUAUCGACGUCAUCUUCAAGCUCUACCCGUGGGAGUACAUGGUCGACCAGCAGUUUGGCGAGGCGUGUUUCGAGGACAUGGAGAACAUUGGCAAGCGCGACGAGGAAGGGAACUACAUCGGAGGAACAGUCUGGAUCGAGCCGCCAUACAAGCUCCUCUGGAGCAACAAGGCUGUCUUUGCCGUUCUCUGGGACAUGUUCAAGGACGACCCCCGGGGCAAGUGGCUUCUCCCCACGUACUUUGACAACGAGGCGCCGGCGUCCAUGACGAGUUUUGCGCGCAAGCCCAUCUUUGCGCGCGAGGGCGCCGACGUGGUUCUCAAGAAGGACGGCGAGAUUCUCCAGGACGCGUCGACGGGAGACUACGGCGCGGAAGGGUACAUUGUGCAGGAGCUUGCUGUGCUGCCCGAGUUCAAGGACGCCAAGGGCAGCUCGUGGUAUCCCGUGCUGGGUAUGUGGUUCGUCGACGGCGAUCCGGUGGGCAUGGGAAUCCGGGAGGAUGGCACGCCCAUCACCACCAACGCGUCCGUGUUCAUCCCGCAUUCAAUUGAGGAUGGACCCGUCAACUACAUGAGGCAGAAGAUUCCCGACCAGGAGGAGAUUGAGAACCUGUUGCGGGUCGAGCCGUUCUUUGAUUCAUUUGAUAAGGAAGAGAAUGAGAUGAUGAGCUAUAUCAAGAAGAUUGUAAUUUCUUAG